ACUACAAGCACCGCCGAGCCGACCUGCACCACUGCUGUUCCUGGCAAAUAUGGUGAAGUGCCCAUCAUCGCCUGCAAUUCCAAUUACAAUGCAAUUCCAGCCUUCAUUCCUGCUGUGGUGGUGACUAUCCUCUUUGGUGUGUUCACAUUGAUUCACCUUGCCGAGGCAAUCAUAUUCAAGAAGGGAUAUGCCUGGGUCUUGAUCAUGGCUGGCUCUUGGGAGACGAUAGCCUUCAUCUUCCAUUCCAUCGGUGCACACGAUCAGCAGAACGUUACGUUUGCCACAGUUUGGCUAAUCCUCUUUCUGUUGGCGCCCCUCUGGAUCAAUGCUUUUGUCUACAUGACCUUUGCACGCAUGGUUCAUGUAUACAUUCCCGACAGGAAAGUUUGGAUUGUCAAAGCCUCACAGAUAUCAAAACUCUUUGUGCUGGCAGAUAUCCUCUCCUUCAUUGUGCAGGCCGCUGGUGGUGUUCUAGUCUCUCCAGGCGUCUCUCCUUCUACACAAGAAAUAGGAAUGCACAUCUAUGAGGGUGGUAUCGGGCUGCAGGAGCUUUUUAUCCUCUGCUUCAUUGGUCUCAUGAUUGCCUUCCAUCUCCGCAUCAACAAGCUCAACAAGGAGCGGCCUUUACUACCAGAGGAAGUCAACUUGAAUCCGGCCAACGGAGAACACCGUCGAGAGACAGAGAAGCCAAGGGGUGCUCUAACGCUGCUGAUUGCUCUUUACGCUGUGCUGGCAUUUAUUACGAUGCGCAUCAUAUUUCGCCUCGUCGAGUUUCUCGGUGGCCGUGAUCCGGACAGCAACCCCAUCCCUUACCACGAAUACUAUUUCUACUCCCUCGACGCAUUCCCGAUGUUGGCCGCCUUGCUCAUCUUGGCCGUGAUCCACCCCGGACGGUUCCUCACGGGCCCCAACAGCAGCCUU